AUUUUAGUACAUUUUCAUGCCUUGCCAUAGUGAAAGCCAGCAAACAGACUCGGAGAUGUUUGUUCUCCGUAUUAGCAUUUGACAGUAGACGAGAGUUAGCACAGUUGCCGUUUUGGCCAGCUUUGGCAUGGUUACAGCAUGCUUUCUUACAGUUAGUCAGAUACAAGUUGGAGGGGUAUAAAUGGGGAUUUACAUUUCUCUAGGAGCUCCCAGAUUAAAGUCUCUCUUUGGAGAUCAUGAGAGGGUGCUUAGUUAAAGUUUUUAUUUUCUAAUUUUUUUUUAAGGUUUCUUUAUUCAUUUUAGAGAGAGUGCACACAAGCAGGGGGUGUGGCGUAGGGAAAGAAUCUCAAGCAGACUGCCCACUGAGUGCGGAGCCCAUUGCAGGGCUUGAUCCCACAACCCCGAGAUCAUGACCUGAGCCGAAACCAAGAGCCAGAUGCCCAACCAACUGAGCCACCCGGGCACCCCUUAGUUAGAGUUUUUGAAGGAGGUUAUAAUAUUUGAAGGAGCUUUUUAUAGCCUGGAAAAAUACUUUAUUUCAGUGUAAAGAUAAGGUCUUUAUAAUCUAAUUUCUCAUUUAUGUGUUCAGAUAGGAAGGAAACAUUUUCAACUAUACAGUUUGUGCUAAGGAAAAAUAAAUGACAGUAAUAUCAAAUACCACUUUAAGUGGUGUGUUUAGCCCUAAAGAAAACAGAUGUUGGGAUUGCUGUAAUAUUUCAGAUCACAAUAACAUUAAUGAAAUCACUGCAUUUGUACUGAGUUUACGUAACAACCAUGGCUGCAUAUUUUUUCAUUCACUUGAGAACCUUCUGUUUGGUUGCUGGAAUGUUGCCAUGGUCACAUUCUGUUGGGCAUAGAGUAGUGAACUUUGGAAUCAGUGGCAACCCAGGACACAUAGGCUUGGAACUAGGGUAUCUGAGGAUUGUGCACUGUGUUAAAGCCACACUUGGCAUGGACCAGAAGACUCUGAAGAAACUGGUGGAAUCCAUCAGUAAUACUGUGAAGAACUUCAAAAAAAGUGAAGUAGAGUGUCUCCUAAGACUUUUUCACAGCUUGGUGGAAAGAGCUAAUGUAAGACUUAACAAUUUUGAACUAGAUCGUAAUGCGUUUCGAGCAAUCCUGCACAGCAUAUUUGGAAUGACUGAUGAUAUACUAAUGAAUAGGGUCUGUUUUGAGGUUUACUAUUUGAAUGGUGAUGGUUACAUUUCUCGAGAAGAGAUAUUUGACAUGUUGAAGAACAGUCUAUGCCAACAGUCAUCUGAAGAAGAGACUGAUGAAGGAAUAAAAGAGUUGGUAGAUAUAACACUGAAGAAAGUGGAUUAUGACAACGAUGGCAAAAUAUCUUUUGCAGACUUUGAAAAGGCAGUAAAAGAAGAGAGACUUUUGUUGGAGGUGUUUGGACCAUGUUUACCAGAAGCAAAGAAUUGUAUUGAUUUUGAAACACUGGCAUUCGGACAUAUCCUGACUUCUAGUUUUGGAAUGUGAAUCACUCAAUACUUAUAUUAAAAUCAGAAACAGAACCUGACUGCUUAUCUUCAUUUGCAUUGUAAAGUUUUUAUCUUUGCUUCACUUCAUUUACAUAUAACUACUACGAUGUGGAAAGUAAUAUUAAAAGAACAGUUUCUGUAACUUUUGUUUUUUAAGAUUUUAUUAAUUUGUUUGUCAGAGAGAGAGAAAGCACAAACAGGGGGCAGAGGCAGGUAGGAGAAGCAGGGAGCCUGAUGCGGGACUUGAUCCCAGGAUCCUGGGAUCAUGACCUGAGCUGAAGGCAGACGCCUACCCGACUGAGCUGCCCAGGCAUCCCCAGUUUCUGCAAUAUUAAGUAUGAUCAAAAUAACACCUAUAAUAAGUAAUGAUAAACUAAUUUUAUUUUUUAAGUUAGCCAACAAGCUUGGUUCUUGUGGCAAAUACUGUGAAUAAGC